AUGCUUGCUCAAAUCCCGAGCGAGAUUUUGCUUCAUAUUAUACCUUUCUUUACCCCACCUGACUACACUCGAUUGGUUCUUGUAUGUAAGGCAUGGUACACUGCGUUUAUUCCCCAUUUAUAUCACCACGUCUCGCUCCCUCUCAAUGAAUACGACCAUCUGGGUUCUGCGUACGGAAUCAUGCCCGAAUCACUUCUUCCUGUCCGUCGAUUCACUCAAGUGAUGAUAACAAACCCUUCACUUGCUCCAUUGAUUCGAUCUUUGGAGCUUUAUCCUAGCGACUGUAAGGAGGGGAAAUGGGAACAACUACCCCCCUUGGAGAUUUUGGCCGAAGAAAAAUAUCGCCACUUCAUGUUACCAUAUGGACAGUCUAAACGCAAACAUCGCCGCAAGUUCUUUUCUUGGCGCAGAGACCUCAAGCAAUCUUCUGAGCGCACGGAUUUUCAUCGGGCGCUCCACCAUUUUGAAGAUGCCUGGCUAGCGCUGUUGCUAGUCCAGCUUGUGAAUCUUGAGAAGCUUGGGGUUGCCCUUCCGGAAGAGGUAUGGAUAGGAGGUUAUGAGGACGGACCGUUCCCCCCUAGGCAUUCACCUCACUUUGAGCGGGUUAUAGAGUGGGCCAGCAAUCCUGAGUUAGGAAUCUUGACUAAGCUCAGGCAUAUCUCACUUACAAACGGACCUUGUAUCUGGGAAUCUGAGUUAUCAGUGGAUGCGGUUCCCCUGACUCGAUUACUGCCCUUUCUUCGAAUUCCUUCUUUGCGCAAGCUAUACGUCUCAAACCCUUGUGACCGAUCUCAACUUAGCAUGCCAAAGGAUCUCUCCACCGUACAACUCACCCAUCUGGAUUUCGAAUGCCCUGGAACUGCAUUGCCAAGCCUCCCUUGCCUUCUCAAAAGAUGCUCAACGCUCGAGUCAUUUACACUGCAACAACAGGGCUGGCAUGAAUAUGAAAGUCAGUACUGGCAAGACCUACGUCAGUUAUACCACUCUCUGCAGAGCUCUCGUUUUUCGCUCCGCCAUUUGAGUUUGACCUUCAGUGAUUGGAACGUCCGGCAAGAUGCAAAGACCCCCCCACCGGUUUUUUUUGGAUCUCUCUCGAACUUCCUUCGGUUAGAGACCGUUUGUAUGCGGUGGGGUAAUCUCUUGCGAUUUACUGAAGAUGGAAGCAUGAAGCCGGUACCGCCACUCUGGCAAGUUCUUCCACGCUCGCUCAGUCAUCUGUUCAUUGACCAUUGCCUCCUUCAGUGCUCAUCCGCACUGUACACCGAACUGAAAAGUCUGAUAACGCACUGCCCUACGGAUGUACCCUGCUUGGAAAAGCUGUAUCUCCGAUUUGCGUCAAGAGAGCAAGACCCGUCAACUUCUGCAGACGGCUUACGCGCGAAAAUACUGCCACCAGACCCUACUACUCGUGACAAACUCCUUGCGUUGGAGCCGGAUUUUGAGGUGUUGAAUGUAGAUUUCCGAAUAUUUCAAGGAGAUGACAUAGUACCCUUUGGCCAAGAAUUUUACAUUAGGAAAAAGUGGCCAUGUGGGUACCUCGGGCAGUUAAGCGGUCUAUGA